AUGAUUCAAAUAGAACAUCAUCUUGUGACAUUUGUUGAAAGGUUUCGCAUAAGCCAGUUUAAACCAAGAGUGAUCAUUAUUCGAUCUCAUUCUUCCGAAAUUAGUUUGCUUGUUCAACUUUGGAAGUUAUCAAAAUCUUUUCCGAAUUCUGAAUAUCAUAAAUGGAAUUAUUUCAGGAUAGGAAAAGCAAUUUUAUUUCUUAUGAUUUUCUCAUUGAAACAAUUUUUUGUAUGGUGUGGUCUUUGGUUGUCGUGGCCCAUUGAACCAUUGGUCAUGUAA